UAGGAGUGCUCGUCCGUAAGAAAUCUUUCAGCGUCUAGAAUGCAUAUUUUUAGUUAAUCAGUCAUACUUAAAUACCAAUAGUUUAUGCCAUUUCAAUUUUAAAAGUCUAAUCAGAUUAUAAGGAUGUAAGUUUCUUCGGCCUAUUUUCAAAAAUUUUCUCAGUACAUUUUCUGUGGUACAUUUUACAAGGAACGAUAAGGGUGGCAAGUGAUUUUACAUUCAGAGCAGUCUUCUUAACACUUGGAAAAAUUGAAAAAAAGUUUGAUUAUUAUAAAAAUGUAACUAAAUCUUAAAUAAUAUUAUAUAGUUUUCAGCAAUAUGACUUAUGUAUGGAGCAAACGAUACAUCAUGGUUAGUGCAUUUGCACUACGGAUGUUUUGUCUGAUUUCAGCAACAAAUACGAUGCCUGAUGAUGGUCUCUGUUCCCAAGUUUAUCAAAUGCAUGAAUAUUGUACAAGGCAGGUUCGUAGCAUCUCACCUUCAAUUUCUCGACCAGACCAUGUUCUUGCAAGACGAGUUGGUAAAGCUGGACCACGUGGAUCACCAGGUGUUGUUAACUAUACAAAAAUAGAGGAGGAAAUGCAAAAGAAAUUCGGUGAAAUGGAGAUUAGUUUUGUAACCAAGAUGGCCAACAUUGAACAAAAAAUGUUAAACAAUACAUCUGAGAUAGAAAGAAAAUUUACAGAAUUGAUUCGAAUUGCUGAAGAAUUACGUCCUCUAACUCUUUCCGACUGCGGAAAAGUUACUAAAAAUGAUUCGAAAAUAUGGAAUGAAACCGGUGGUGUUUUCGAUAUCUAUCCAACUUACUCAAAGCUUGAAGUUUUUUGUGAUCUUGAAACUGACGGUGGCGGUUGGAUGGUCUUUCAACGACGAACGAGCGGCUCGACGGACUUCUAUAGAACUUGGAAUGAAUAUGUAAAUGGAUUUGGGAACAAAGAUGAUGAAUAUUGGCUUGGCCUGGAGAAUCUCUAUCAUCUGACGCGUGAUAAUGACUACGAACUUCGUAUUGAUUUGGAAGAUUGGGAUGGAAACAAGAAAUAUGCAAAAUAUUCACAUUUUAAAAUAGGAGGACGGAACUCGAAAUAUACACUCUCUGUUGGAGGAUAUACUGGAGACGCGGGAGAUUCUCUUAGUGGUCAUAACGGCCAAAGAUUUACGACUAAGGAUCAAGACAACGAUUCAUAUUCUGGGAAUUGUGCUGUAUCUUUUAAAGGGGCAUGGUGGUACUUUAAAUGCCAUUCAAGCAAUUUGAAUGGUUAUUAUUUCAAAGGCGGAGUUCACAAAUCUUACGCAGAUGGUGUUGAAUGGUCUUCCUGGAAGGGAGCAUAUUAUUCUCUCAAAGUUACGGAGAUGAAAAUACGACCGAUUUAACAUUCUGAAAAAAAUAGUCGGACAGCUUUGAUUGCUUAUAUACAAUCUCAUUUACAUUUUCUCUCGUUUACAUAUUUACAUUUAAGUUUGAUCAUAAUUUUGGUAACCAAUUUUCCGAAAUUAGCAGCUUUUGGUCUUUUGUAUGGUGCCAACUCUGCUCCUCGGGCUUAAGUGCAGUUAUACUUUUUAUUAUGAGACACUAGUUUGUCACACUUUCAUAAAAGUUUGAAUAGUUUUUACCGCUUAAUAAAAUAUUUGCUCAAUUCUCUGCAAGAUACAUCAAAAUAGUAAAAUGCAUUUCAAUCUGGAAUGCGGUUAAUUCAUCAGACUGUUGUCUUUGAGUCGGACAAACUUUUAAGUUUUCAUUUACCUUGCACGGUAAAUUUGCUUUUUUUUGGCAGAAUAAACGAUGGAAAUUAUG